CCGGCCGCGUGGCUGUGCGUCCCGGCUGUUGCCGAUAAAGUUGUUUGAAGCCCGGCCGGCCGCGGGUCACGUGAGCGGAAGAUGGCGGCCCCGGCAGGCGGCGGCGGCUCCGCGGUGUCGGUGCUGGCCCCGAACGGGCGGCGCCACACGGUGAAGGUGACGCCUAGCACCGUGCUACUGCAGGUCCUGGAGGACACGUGCCGGUGUCAGGACUUCAACCCCAAUGAGUAUGAUCUGAAGUUUCAGAGGAGUGUGCUGGACCUCUCUCUCCAAUGGCGCUUUGCCAACCUGCCCAACAACGCCAAGCUGGAGAUGGUGCCCGUCUCCCGGAGCCGCGAGGGGCCCCAGAACACGGGUGGCAGGGACCCCAGCACCCGUGCGUCGCCUGCCGCCGGCCUUGCUGGAGCGCGGAGCCAGCCGUGCGGAUGUGGGCGCAGGGGCCUGAGCCUCCCGCCCGCGGCUGCAGCCGUUCUGACGGGCUUACGCGGUCACGUGCUCGUCUUCGAAGAAGCCCAGCUGGUCCGAAUCGCCGUGCAACUGGAAGAUGGCGCCAGGCUCCAGGGCGCCUUCUGCUCCGGCCAGACCCUCUGGGAGCUCCUCAGCCACUUCCCACAGACCAGGGAGUGCCUGCAGCAGCCGGGCGAGGUGACCCCCGUGUGCGUGUCCAUGAGGGACGAGGUGACUGGCGCAGCCGCCCUGCGGAGCACCACGCUACAGUCGCUGGGCCUCACGGGGGGCAGCGCCACCAUCAGGUUUGUCAUGAAGAGGGUGGACGCUGAGGGCGGGCCACAGACCGGGGCCGCCAGGAGCAAGACCCCAGCAAGUCCAGCUGACCAGGUGGCCGGUGGUCCCCUGCCCCCCUUGAACUCUGAGGAGCUGAGCUGCGGGGACCUGAGCCGUCAGGGGGAGGCAGGCACCUCGGGGGCCUGGCACACAGACGGCCCAAAGCCAGCGGACGCUCCGGCAAAACAGAGUGUGCAGGAGCCCGGCCCCGCCCGCUUUGUGCCUUUCUCUGGCGGGGGACAGCGGCUGGGGGGCCCAUCCGGGUCCGGGCGGUCUCUGACGUCGCCUUCAGCCAAGCUGCCCACGUCCGCCUCCAGCCCUGGAGGCCCCUCCAAGCCAAAGAAGUCCAAACCCGGCGAGGAGCCCCCGCAGGAGCCAGAGCCGCCCGUGGACCGGGAUGCUGUGGUGUGCCACCCGGACCUGGAGGAUCUGCUGCAGGCCUGGCCGGCCGAGCUGCCCGACGAGUUCUUCGAGGUGACAGUGGACGAUGUCCGGAGACGCCUGGCCCAGCUCAAGAGCGAGCGGCAGCGCCUGGAAGAAGCCCCGCUGGUGACCAAGGCCUUCAGGGAGGCCCGGAUGAAGGAGAAGCUGGAGCGUUACCCCAAGGUGGCUGUGAGGGUCCUGUUCCCUGACCGCUACGUCCUGCAGGGCUUCUUCCGCCCCAGCGAGACAGUGGGGGACCUGCGGGACUUCGUGAGGCACCACCUGGGGAACCCCGAGCUGCCGUUCUACCUGUUCAUCACACCUCCCAAAACCGUGCUGGACGACCACACGCUGACGCUCUUCCAGGCAAACCUCUUCCCUGCUGCCCUUGUGCACUUGGGAGCCCAGGAGCCAGCAGGCCUCUACCUGGCGCCCAGGCUGCUAGAACACACGGUGCCUCCGUCUGCGGCUGACAUGCUGGUGGCCAGGUGCAUGUCCAGGGCCGCCGGGUCCCCACCCCCGUUGCCAGCCCCUGAGCUCCCCCCUGCUCCCGAGGAGGGGGUGCCAGGCCCCCCAGAGCCCGCCCCCGGGACAGCCCAGCCUGUGAGGAGGAGCCUGGGCAAGGUGCCCACGUGGCUGAAGCUACCAGCGGGUAAGAGGUGAGAGCGGCCAGCCCGGAGGUGCCCUCCCCGUCGACCACAGGACCCCACCCCACCCUGCGGGAAUAAAGACGCUUCUCUCAGAA